AUGACAUUGUACAAUAUCCGUAGCUCCGUCAAGUUAGGAUCAAGUCUCUCCGAAUUUUUUGAAACCGUGCAAAGCUUUAAACAAGUGUCACUAGAUUAUGUGGAUGAUCAUGAUCAAUUGUCAUAUGAUUUGGAUACACAGCAAUCCAAGGCAAAAUAUGAUACGCGAUUGUUAUCAGAACAAAUGCGUAAAGAUCAAAAAGUGGUCAAAAGUUCUGAAGAGGAUAUGGAUAAGCAUAUAGGAAGUAAUGAAGAACUUAAUCAAAGUGAUGAUAUGGAACCGCAUGAGAGAGCGGCAUCAUGUCAUUCUGGUGGUCGAAAAUAUACACAUGGACAAAAGGUGCCACGAUUGGACCCUUGCGAAGUGUGUCUGUGCAUGGAUGGUGAAAUUUUUUGCUGGUGGGAAAUUUGCGCCAAGCAAGCACAAAAAAGCACAACACCGUCAUAUGUCAGUACAGUGGAGUAUACCACCUAUUCGAAAAAGGAAUACAAACCCACUAAAUCAAAUGCAAAUACAACAAAAAAACAACAUAAGAAAUUAAUUGCAAAUGAAAAUGAUAAAAUCCAUCACAAAGCCAAACAGCAACAUAAAAAGAGCAACAAAAUGCUGCACAUUGCAAAGAAACUAAAGAAAAAGUUACAUCAACACCAACAACAGCAAAAGUACAAUGAACAUGAAUGUUUUAUUGAGGAACAACAACAGAAACAUCAGCAGCCACAUGCGUUACAAUAUCAACAACAUCAACAAAACAAAAUUUUGAAUUUUCCAGAAAAUUUACCUUCGGUAUUAUAUUAUGAUUACAAAACAGAGGAACACCAGCAUCAUCAACACCAGCAUCACCAACAACAUUUAAAACAUCAACAGGAGCAACAACAAAUUAGAUAUCAGCAAAUGCACCAACAACAACAGCGACAACAACCACAACAGGAAUAUGAAGAACAUAUCAACAACUAUGAUGUAACUACAUUAUCGCCAGCAUAUCAGAGUACGAAAAAUGACAAUGCAUUUGCUGAGAUGGAAACUGACAGUGACAUCCUACCGGAGCCUCCAACAAAGAAGCCUAAAAUGACAACAACCGCCACAACAACAACUACAAAAAUGACAACUCAAACAACAUCAAUUAAAAGUAAUUUUAAUGUUUAUCGUCCAAAUGAAAGCAUAAAUCGAAAUAAUAAUGACGAUGUCGACUAUCUGAAGGACGAACACAGAAGUUCUCGUAAAUCUUUUUCAGAAGAUGCCAACAUGUCAGAGACAGUGGGAUGA